UAAGAACUCUUCACAUUCCAUUGCUUUUGGAAGGUUGUUAAGAUACUUGCUCUGAUACCAUGUUAGAUAGGUUGGGUCCCAUCUCCCAUGAUUUUCUUUCAAAAAAAGAUUUGAGAAGAGAGAAGAGACUCUCACAUAUAUAAAAAGGUGAAUGAGAAUGUGUCUUGACACAUAUGUGAGACUUGACUACUCAAAUUUUCAAAUUUUAUAAUCUAAAGUGUUAAUGUCAUAUAAAGGUAAGUAAAUGGAACGUUUUGUUCAUAAAAUACUCAUGAAGAUAAGUAUUUUUUAGAACAAUAAUGGUUUUUAACAUGUGAAAGGGUUAAACAACUAACUUAUAAGUUCAAAAAUAAGGUUCGUUUUUUUGGGAUAUGAGUGGGUGGCAAUAAAGUCUAACUUUAAGCUUUUGAAUUAAUUAAUCAUAUUUUCUGGGCAUUGCUACUUUCGCAUUUUUUGCUCUAGAUGCUAACAACACUUUGCUUUUUUGGGUAUACGCUACAAGGUUUUCUUUUUGGAAUUUUUUGAGAUAAGAUGAUCUAUUUGCUAGUUAUUACUCCCUCCGUCCCGAAAUAAUAGUCCACAGACAAAAAACACAUAUAUUAAGGAAAAAGUAAUUAUGAGCAACUUUAUUGAAUAAAAUGACAAAUUUACCCUUUCAUCUAAAACUUGGAGCCAAUUUUUUCCCACCAAUUUCCUUUCACUUUUUAGUUAAAACAUUCAGCAAAAUUUAUUCCCUCCAUUUUUUUCAUCAUAAAUUGUUAAACAAAAUUAUUCCCACUAAUUUUGGAGCCAAGUAUUUUUAUUGAAAAUAAACAUGGAGCCAAUUUAUGGAUUAGUUUGAUUUCAAGAUACGUAUCUUUUUAAACAGAGAAUCCAUCCAACCUUAUCUAUUUCUUUCUAUGUCUCUCUUUCUCUCUCAACAAAUACUCCACCACCGUAUCUUUCUCUAUGUCUCUAAAAGUGAACAAUCAAUUUUUUUUUUUGGUUUAGAUAUGCCUUUAUUAUUGCUCAUGUCAAUCGUUCCAUCCUCAGGCCACCCCUCCACAGUUCGUCGUUAGCCGUCUUCUCCCUUGUGAAGCCGCCGGAGCCGCCGACCGGAUAUCACCGCAACCCACAACAACAUCGGAGAGCCUCGACCAGACAGCUAAGUAUGGAUCAUAUGGAUAUUACACACACUAAAAAGAAUACUACUGUUGAACAACGUCACGCUAUAUAUGAAGCCUUAUUGCAAGCAAGUUUUUCUGGAGAGUUACAAAGGGGUGCCAUAAGUGAUGUAGCUUCACAAUUCUCGGUAUCAAAUCGGACUGUUAGUCGCAUUUGGCAUCAGGCUAAAUUUCAAAUUAAUCAUGGACUACCGGUUGUUUUAUCUUCUAAUAUGGCGAAGGUUGUUGGACGAAAAAGGGUACAAGUUGAUUUUAAUCAAGUUUUAGAUAUUCCAUUACGUCGUCGAUCUAAUAUACGGUCUCUUGCAAAUUUGUUAAAUGUUUCUAAAUCUACUAUGCAUAGAAGAAUCAAGGAAGGUGCACUUCGACCACACACAAAUGCCAUCAAACCAACUCUUACUCAUGAGAAUAAGAGGGCAAGAUUAGAAUUUUGUUUAUCUAAAAUUAGCCGGUCAUUAUCAAGUAAUAUUCCCACAUUUCAUGAUAUGUUUAAUGUUAUCCACAUUGAUGAAAAAUGGUUUUACAUGUCAAAACCAUCAAGACGUUACUACCUUGUUCCCGGCGAGGAUGAACCAUUAAGAACGUGUCAAAGCAAAAAAUUUAUCACAAAGGUUAUGUUUCUAGCGGCUGUGGCAAGGCCAAGAUUUGAUGCAUCCGGUAAUGAAGUUUUUUCGGGAAAAAUUGGUAUCUACCCGUUUACAAGAUUAGAACCCGCUAAACGUUCAAGUAAAAACCGUGUAGCGGGAACGUUGGAGACAAAGCCUAUUUUAUCCGUGACUAAAGAAGUAACAAGGUCAUGGUUGAUAGAAAAAGUUUUGCCGGAUAUUAGAGCUAAAUGGCCUCGAAGUCAUGUCGGUCCCAUAUUUAUCCAACAAGACAAUGCCAAGCCCCAUAUUGAUGUCAAUGAUAACGAGUUUCUUGAAGCGGCAUCUCAAGAUGGGUUUGAUAUCCGACUUAAUUUUCAGCCCUCUAAUAGUCCGGAUUUAAAUGUUUUAGACCUUGGAUUCUUUCGAGCAAUCCAAUCACUUCAAGAACAAGAGGCUUUAGGUACAAUUGAUGAAUUGGUUCAUGCGGUUCAAACGGCUUUUGAAAAAAUGCAAUCUCAACAACUUAACAAUGUAUUUUUAACUCUACAAACGUGUAUGAGGGAAAUCAUAAAGGUUCAAGGUGGCAACAACUAUCAAAUACCACAUAUUGGUAAAAAUAGGUUGGAACGAGAAGGAAACUUACCACUUCGAAUUGGAUGUGAUGAAAAUUUGAUAAAUGAGGCUUUAUUGCAUUUGGCUUCCUAGUUAUUUUUGAAACAUGUAUUGUGAUCAAAAUAGUGAGAAAAAAAUAUUUUUUUAUUGGUAUUUUUGAUAGUGUAAUGUAUUUUGUGUUAAUUCUUUUUUAUUUUAUGUCAUGAAAUUAGUUUGAUA